UGUCUUGAAAGUGCAGGCGUGUGUGUGUGUGUCCUACUCCGUGAACUUGGAUCAAAAAAACAGAAAUCAGUGUGAGUCAGCCUUCUGCAACAGCAACACAUUUUCUCCCAGGGCUGUCUCGCAAGCACUGCCAUAUUGGGUAUAGUCUGUUUUCAAGAGCUCUGUAUCUCUACCAUGAACUGGUACUGACUUCUGCCUGUGACUACGUGGAUGUUAGUUUACACUGAGAUAAGUUACGAUUUCAAAAUGCAUCUGUCAAGAAGACAUCAAGUAAUGGCUAGUAAGUAUGCACAUCAUUUGAACAAACUCCUGGACCUGAUUCUGCAGAAGUGUGCAGCGAUUUAGAAACUGAUUCAGAACUGUACUGCAGAUCGCACAGUCUUGCAAAGACAUCUGAAGUUACUUAUGAGUUUACACGAUCUACAGUUUGGAAAUUAGCUGCAGACAGAUGUACUUUCACAUUAAUUCAGAACCAGGCUUUUUAGACUGAAUGCUUAGAACCUGUAUCUGUAAGCAUUAUCUAAAUCUGACUUAAAGAAGGGGCUGGAAUUGUUAUUGUUAGUCACACACUGGCCAUCAAACUUUGAGAGCUGAGCAGCAUAAGGUGCGGUGAGGAAGUGUGACGUUUUGCAUGAAGUUUACAGGAAGCAAAGCUGCAAGCUCUUGUCAGAACUUUGCAACGGCAAGAAAAAUAUUCAAAGGACUCCUUCGUGCUGAAUUAGUUUACCUUCCUGAAUUUGUCACUGAGAAGAAGUGGUAACACCUCUGUUAAGCCUCGUUGGAAAAUAGUAGUAAAGGAAAAUGCCAGUUCCUCCGCCUCCUCCUCCAGGACUUCCUCCACCACCAACAUUUAAUCAGGCAAAUACAGAAAAACCCCAGUUAAACCGAUCUGAACAAGUUGGGAGAAAUGCACUUCUUAAUGAUAUUAGUAAGGGAAAAAAGUUAAAGAAGGCUGUUACAAAUGACCGAAGUGCACCAAUUAUUGACAAUCCAAAAGGACCUGGUGGAGGUGGUGGUGGUGGUGGUGGUGGUGGAGGUGGAGGUGGAGGAGGAGGAUUCGGUGGUGGUGGCCAACCUAGACUGGGAGGACUUUUUCAAGGAGGCAUGCCAAGGCUGAAAUCACCAGGAAGUAGAGAAGGUGAUACUGGUGGAGGAAGACCACCUCUGCUACCUCCUGGAGCAAGAUCAACAAGUGCAAAACCUUUUUCACCUCCUGACAGCUCUCCAAGGUUCCCUGGUAUGGCACCAAUCCACAGAAGCAGUGUUCCUGAACCACCAAGAUCUAAAAUGCUACCUCCAAGGCCUGACUUUGGCUCAAAACCUGAUGUUGCACCACCACCAGUACCAAAUACUCCUAGACCAACACCUUCAAAUUCACAGAGCAGAGGACCUCCUCCACUACCAAGUGGAAAUAAGCCUUCUGGCACAGGGCCUGCCCAACCCCAUUUCUCAACAAACAGAAAUUCAGGCUCUUUAGGACCUGCUCGCCAACCUUUUUCAACAGGUCCACCACCAUUUCCUACUUCCAGUAGACCUCCACUUCCUCCAACACCUAAUAGGUCAAUGGAUGACAGGCCACCACCCCUUCCAUCAGGAAACAGACCUCAGUUGAACAGGGAUGGGUUUCUUCCACCUCCUCCACCAAACAGGGAGGGGCCUCCUCUUCCACAUCCUCCAGCACAAGCAAAUAAACCACCAGUCCCACCUACACCAAGACCAACACAAUCAUCACAAGCUCCACCCCCACCCCCUCCAAACAGACCUGGAUUACCUCCAGUUCCUCCUAGCUUUAACAGUGGUGAUGAUUUCCCCAGGACUCCUCAACGAAUUUUAUCUUUGCCAUCUUCUUCUCCCAUGACCCCUCCUAUGUCAGGUCGGUCUGGUCCUCUUCCACCACCUCCUCCUGGUGAAAGACCACCUCUACCCAGUAUCCCCAGUGAGAGACCUCCUCCUCCCAAUGAAAGACCACCUCCUCCUGUUAGAGAGCCACCAAGCAGAUCAGGGCCUCUCCCUCCACCACCACCAGUAAGUAGAAAUGGCAGCCUUCAGAAAUCAGUUCCACUUCCCCAACCAUCACGGGGAGGGUCAGACAACCAAAGAGGAGGGACAAGAGGACCUCCACUUCCUCCUGACAGACCAGGUCAGGGUGGCCCUCCUCCACCACCAAUGCGAAAUGGGAUCCAGGACUCCUAUGAAGAUGAACUAGAAAGCAGAUUUCGUUUCCAUCCGGUAUCUGAUUUUCCACCACCAGAGCCAUACGUACAGUGUCAAAAAAGUUACCCUAGCCAGCAGUCCAAGAAUGAAAGCAGAGGCAGUUCAACCAGAAGAGAACGAGGAGCCCCUCCCUUACCGCCUAUACCUAGGUGAAGACGAUGCACGUCCCAAGAUCUCCUGUCUUUUCAUUAUUUUACACGUGCUAUAUAUGCUAGCGAUGCUGCCGAAUGGCUACUCAUGCUUUUUUCUACAUGUUAUUGCUAUGCAAACAAAGUCAGGGACAUGACAGCUGUACAUCCCUGUGAUGUAACUAAAGGAAAACAUCCAGUCACCUGGACAGUAAAUGCUGUUAGUUUGUCUGCGUUUCCAGUUAGCUUUAAUUUCUGUUUACAAGUCAUAGUUGGACUGCACAAAUAGUAUUUGGUGUUUACUCACAGUUUUUCUUAUAUUCAAGUUAAUUUGGGAACAGAAGAUGUACUUGUCAUUCUGUGAUGUUUACUUGCAAAUUUAUAAUUGUAUUCAGGUACAUUGUAAUUUCAGUGUACUGAGUUUUAUAUUGAAGGAAACAGGUUAAAAUUGCUCUUCAAGAUACUUGUGUUUCGCAGCCAUCUCAUGUAGCUUUAUAGAGUUGCUUAAUCUAUUCUCAUGAGGGCAUUUUGUCUGAAAAUAUCUGGUCACAUGGUACUGAAAGAAAACACAGCAGCCUUACAUACCAAUCCUAAACAAAAGGAGACUUUCAGAUAUAGUUCACUUACAAGUCUUAAAACAUAUAGUUUCAAUACUUGUAUUAUACCAACAAUUUCAGUAUUUCCUUGGAAGUAAUGAGGCAGACUGAACUAUUUCAAUAAGUUAUGUGCCAUUUCAGGUGUGAGUGUAGCCUUCUAAUUGUUCCUUUUUUAAUCACCACUUCUCAGCCCCCCCCCCCCCCAAGAAAAAUGGAAAUAAAUGCAUAAAGUUUGAAAACUUCACUUUGUCCUUGUAGGCACUUUUCUGAUAUGUGUUAAUACAGAGUGUCUGUGUGUAUGUGUCUUGGCAUGGUAGAAACACUUUUGCCUCACAGCCCCUGGCUAUGGGAUUAGGUCCUAACCUUCGGUCAAUGUCUAUGUGAUGUUUUGAUUAUCUCUUUAUAUCUGUGUGGGUUUUCACCUAGUAGUCUGGUUUUCUCCCACCUCCCUAUAACAUACAGACUGAAUAGCUACAGUAAAGUGCCCAUAUAUCUACGUGUGUGUGCAUCUAGCUAUCUUUAUCUGUGUGUCUAUAUUUUGUAUAUAGAGAGACAAAUAAAUAGAAAGAUAUAGAUAUAUUAUUAGUUUUACCCUUACCCUCAUGGUCUGGUUUUGGUAGAAGUGAGUCUAAAAAGCAUUGUUUCACUUUCCAGUUAACAAAUAAAUCCAUUUAAAAAACAUAAGGAAAAAUAAAAUCUCUGGAAAUUCUGAAUGUAUGACCUUAGAAAACAAUGUAUCUUGCUUGCUUGGAUCUGUUAAAAAUGUUUAUGUAAUUAUUUGGUCUGAAUUAUUAAGUGCUUCAGAAGGUGGAAACUGCAUGAUUAUUAUUGUUUGUUAAAAAAAAAUAUGGUAAAAAACAGAUGUUUCAUAAACAAUCCAAGUGUAUCGAUUGAUUAACUGAAUGUGGCAUUAACACUUGAUACAAGCUAGUUUCGUUCAAUGCUUGCUAAACCCCUUAGAUAAAAAGGUUUCAAAAGAGGAAUGUAUUGUACGAUAAUCCUACUAAACCAUGUGCUCAGUAUUAUUUCUAAAUUGUUAUAUUAUUAGCAGCAUGGAAAAUAGAAAAAAAAGUAAAACAUGGCUUUAUAACAUAAUUUUAUAACAUAUUCAUAUUGUCUGAUACUCCUUACCAGGGAAAAACAUAGUGUAACUUUCUGUCAGUGAUGUAGCAAAUAAUGCAGUUGAAACAGAAUGCCUCCAUGCAAGUUAUUCAUAUUUAUCAUGAAGAAAGACUCUUAAAGUGUUCUACUACAGUGUAGAAAAUAGAUAAUAUGCACUUGUAAUUAUUAUUGAUUACAGAUACUUCUUGGAAUUUGUGAAUGUCAUAGAAAAAUGCAUGUGUGCUACAAGGAGGCAGGGUACAUUUGAUCUAAAUUGUUUUCUUAACAGACAUGAUCAUGUGCAGACAACUUAAUAAAACCAGAUAAUGAGUGCUGAUGCUUAACCAGGUCAGGUUGUUAACUGCCCAGUUUAGUACACAUAAUUUGUUGUAACACAGAUUGAUAUACAAGGGCUUGUGCUAUCCUAUAACACAUAGCCCAUCUUUUUUGCAAUGUCAUAAUUUAUAUAUUUUGUGCGAUGGACUUGUCUCCAUUUUGGGACAAGCAUUAAUUUGCCAUGUAUUUCAAUGUACCUGUAUCAAAUGCAAGGGAUUUAUGCUAGUGUCUGUGUGGAUUUUCUUUACGUAUUCUCAUUCCUCCAACCUCCCAAAACUGUGCUGUUGGCUGCGCUCAGAAAACAGCCCCUAUGUACUACAUUUACCAUUGCCAUUAUGGCCAAGAUUGUAGCUAACUAGAGUCUGGAGUCGAACCAUUCAUUUACCUUGCAAACAGACAAAUAAGUAAUGGUGAGAAAGUCAUAUGACUUAACACCAUCUUUAACAUAAUUGUUCUGAAAAGGUUGUAAUCAAUAUUGCAUCUUUAAGACAACGGAUCUAAGAAUCUAUGGCAAAGUUUAUUUGAUUUGUGAAUUAUUAAUGUAUUCAUAAACGUGUAAAACAAAAAUAGAUGGCAUUAUUGAAAUUAUGUAAGGUUACAAAUGUGUAUAAUUUCUAUGCAAAUUAGUUGUCUUUAACAUCUUUGAUGUAAAACAUUUUGGACAGAUAUACAGACUGUUUAGUGUGAAUUAUUGCACUUUGAAGUGUUAUAAGUGCCUGUAAAAUAUGUUUUUGUAUGUCAAAAUAAUAACAGUAUUUCUUGUCUUCACUAUUAAUUUAAUGUCAUGUAAAAUGUUCAAAAACUUCAAACAUUUUAUAUGAGUUGUAAUUUCAUUUGUUAGAAGUUCUACUGCUGUUUUGAUGAAAGGCAAUUGAUUUGUCUACCAGCAGUUCUUGAAAACUGUUUCUAGCCAGAGUGACUUUUUCAUGCACUGCAGCAUUCUGGCACUUUAUAUGGUACUAUAUGAAAAAAAUGCAGUUGUUUUUUUAUGUUAUGAUGUCAACAUUUCCUUUAUUUUCCUUCCAAAAGGACCAGAAAUUAUUCUUUUACAUUCUUGGAGUUCACUCAGUAUUAGCUGGUCUGAACUAUAGUUUGACGGUAAAUCACAUUUACCGUAAGUUGUGAUUAAUGCUGCAGGUAGGUACAACUUUUGAUCAAAAGUGGUUGGUUUUAUUACAAUGCCAGCAUCAUAGGUAUUAUAUAUUUUAGUGGUUGUUUCUAAAACUUUCAGGCAUUUUGCACCUUGUUUUAAACACAGAAGAAGCCUAUGCCUUAUUUACCAUAAAUUAAAAUCAGCACUUUUAAAAAGAAAAUGUGCUUAAUAACUGCCAGAAAAAAGUACAAAAAAUGUUAAGGAAUACCUUAACUGUGCAAGAGUUGUGUAAAAAACAGUCUUUGUCUUUGUUACACGAUUUUGUGUUAUUCUGUAACUUCAUCAUUAAAUUACAGCUUUCAUGAUUCUUGAUUUGUUUCUCUGUAUUAUUAUAUACAGCAGAUGAUUUAAUUAAAAUAUUAUAUGUUUUACAGUC